AUGGUUUGCAAAAAGUGCGAAAAGAAACUCUCAACCCUUGCAACAACCGACCCGUUCGCAUCUAAAAACUCCUCAACAUCCUCCUCCAAACCCUCCUCCUCAUCAACACCCUCCACCUCCACCUCCACUCGCAAACUCAACGAAAAUAAACUCCUAUCGUCCAAGAAAAGCGGCAAAUUCAAUCCCUAUGCUGCCAAGUGCAAAGUGUGCAAGCAGACGGUGCAUCAGGCGGGGAGACAUUAUUGUCAGGGGUGUGCUUAUAAGAAUGGGAUAUGUGCGAUGUGCGGGGUGCAGAUAUUAGAUACGGCUGGGUAUAAGAUGGCGUCCAAAUGAACGGGUCGACGCAUGUACAUAGGUUUGUUUUUGCAGAAAAAUAUACACACUUUUUUGGGGGAAACGAAACGUUGCAUCAUUGGAAAAUGUCACAUAGGUACGAUUUAUACAUGGGUAUACAAAGAAUGGAAACGAUAUCGAAGCUCCUAGCGACAAUGGCGGUGGUCUCUACAAAUUCGCAGCGUUGGCAGGGCCCAAUGGCACGCUCAAAAUACUCUUGCCGCCCUUAAUCUCCGCCAAAGUCGGCACCCUCUUCAACCUCAAC